AUGGCGGACACCUCGUACAUCUCACUGCCUCAAACCAUCAGACUGACUCUGCAGGAGAGGCUUGAUGCCUUAUUUGCAAACAUCUGGGCCACAAUAGCCUCAUGCCGGCACAAGCCUGCUGGAGCCCAGCCAGACCCAACCAUGCCACUCACAACCUGGCAGCCUGCGACUCCUGGGCGAAACUGUGGUGCAGCAUUGCCACUAAAGAAGAAGAAACGGAGGCCACAUAAACAAACAAGGCGCCAAAGAAUCCGCCCGGCACUGUCCAGCAUCCGCCCUGAAGCACAGUCCCAACCGGGAAAAGUAUGA